AUGCUUUCCGAAUCAUUUGUGGCGUCGACCCUGUCAUCCGCUAAAUCUCCGACAGCCUCGCUCAGAGAUGUAGGGAUCUGCGUGCACGAAUUGCAGCCUUCGUCGAUCCUGCGGUCGACCUUCAAGAAGAGCUCGACAACAACCAAUUGUCUGGCAGUCAGCCCCUCGCAUAUAUUCACAGCCCAGGCAGAUAAGGCCGUGCUCCACGUUUACAGCCGCGAGAAGGGAAAUCAAGAGGGAAUCGUCCCCUUCCCCGAACGGAUACGCAGCAUUGCCGUUGCGGGCGGAAAGUAUGGCGAUAUUCUAGUUCUGGGCACUGAGGGUGGCCGUUUGAUCCUCUGGGAGACUUGUACAGGACGCCAAGUCGCCACUACGGCAUCUCAUUUGCAACCAGUGACCUCCCUCGUAAUCGACCCGACCUCCAACUUCAUUCUAUCCGGAUCUUCCGAUGCCAUUGUGCAUGUCUGGUCGUUGCCUGGUAUUCUCUCUUUCUCCAAGCCUGCUCUGAGCGCAACUCGCCAACCCACCAACUCGCCCAUUCGGACCUUCUCUGGCCACCGCGCAGCUAUCACCUCUCUCGCAGUCGGACACAGCAAUGGCCGGAAUAACAUCGUAGUAUCAACCGCGAAGGACAACACCGCCAUUGCGUGGGACUACCACACAGGUCGCGCAUUGAGAACUUUCCUCCUUCCCUUUUCCGCCAUCUCUGUCACUUUGGAUCCAGUCGACCGUGCUUUCUACGUGGGAUAUGAAGAUGGCAGCGUCCAAUCGGUAGACUUCUACCGAGGCCACUCCGCACAGCACGCCCUGCACGACCCAUCCGUGCAGUCAACCCCAGUCCAGGUCUCCACCGAAGACCGGUGGCUUCCUCCAUCCGCCGAAUCAGGAUCGGCGAACACACUCUCCCUUACAUAUGACGGGACCACCCUACUCUCUGGCCAUGCGAAUGGCAAGAUUUUGUCUUGGAAUGUUGCGCGCCGCAAGUAUAUCACCUCAGUGGCUGACUACACGCAUCCCAUCACGGACCUGGUGAUGCUUCCACCCGGUGGAAUCCCCCAUCCAUCCUCGGACUUGCACCGGAAAGCACACACAGUCGUAAAGCCGCGUCAUGACAAUGCCCUCUCCUCACAUGUUCCGGGCGCCGUGCCCUCAGAGUACAUGUUCCACACUCAGAUCACCGCACCAACCAGCCGCAAACCCACGCAAUUCUCCCAAGCACUCACCCACGCCUCAUUCCCCGACUCCAUGCUUGACGAAGGCCUAGCAGAACUCGCUGCCUUCGGCCAGCCGGGCACAGAAGUCCGCGCAAAUGUCGCCAGGCCUCAGGCGGCCCCUGUGGAAGACUCUCGGGCUCAGGUCACGGAGUUAGAGAAUGAGGUGUCCGUGCUCAAGAAGAAGGUCGCGGUGAAUGAAACCGCUCGUCACAAUGCGGACGACGAGGUCGUACAGCUGCGCUCGGACCUUGCCAACCUGCAGGACUACAUCAAUGAGCUCCAUGAGAAGCAGGAAGCUGCUCGGAAGGCGAAGGUCCAGCGCCGAGCAAGGAAGCAGGAGCGUGAGACGCAGAGACGGGAAGCUUGGCUUGCUGCCGAGAAAAAGGGUCAGAGUGGAGACGCGGCAGUUCAGAAGAUGGACGUCGACGCUAGCAGUGACUCGGAUGAGAGUGAUUAA